AUGCCUUUCCAAAUUCCCAAACGGCGAGUACAGAAAAAGCUAUGGAGAGUUCUGGGAUUCUUAUCAAGUGUCAUUGGACUAAUCUGUUAUGCAUUGAGUUCCUCUUUCAAACAUAUAUUUGGAGAGUGGAACUUGUUGAAGAUCACCCUUUACACCAUGGUAAGUUUCUGUAUCAGCAGCAUGAUGUUAUUUUUGAAAACAUGGAAUCUUUCUAAGAGUUUCUUGAUGAAAGCUCACGUGGGUGUUCUAGUUUUGUUGCUCACUUCCUUUUACUCCUUUGUAUAUGAUAAGGAUGAGAAUGGAAAACCAGACCUAUUAAGUUUGAUUUCAUGUGGAGCCCUUGCUUUUAUGUCUUUGUGCUUGUCAAGGCAAAUUGACCUUGGGUUUGAAGCGGAUCUCCUCAAUUUCUUCCUUGGUUGUCUAACUGUUCAACUUAUGAUGAUCAACUUGAUGUUGUCUAUAGUUGCAGCAAUUUUCUGCUACUGUCUCAUGGUUCUACGUUCCAAAUUUGAGUCUAAAACACAUGUUGGAACUCGAAGAAUGGAAGACCACGUAAACAUAGACAUUGAUGCUGCAGAAGAAGUAGAAAGAGAAGCCGAUGACAACACAAGUGUCUUACAGUCUCAGUAUAGCAACAGUCACCAACAAAGUCAGGGGUUAAGAAGAAGGGUGGGUGAUGGGUACAAUUGGAAAAAGUAUGAAGUGAAAUUAGUGAAAGGGGGUGAAAAUCAGAUAAGCUACUACAAAUGCGCACAACCCAAUUGCACUGUGAAGAAAAAAGUUGUGAACACUAUUGAAGGGCAAAUUGUUGAAACACGCUACAGGAGUAUCCAUAACCAUUACAAGCCUGCGGAUAGUUUGAAGAGGAACCCAUCAUCUGAAUAUUUUUAUUCACUUCUACCUUCAGAGCCUGUCCCCACUGACUUGCCAGAUGCCUCUUACAGCAAGAGACAAUUGGAAAUUCACAAACUAAAGAGUUCAAUAUCAAUAUGAACUAUCAUUUCAUAUUUUGCUUGCCAAUCUUACCACUUUUACUAUAAUUAAAUAUUAAUGAUACUUAAGAUUUCAGAAGCUCCCUUUUACUGUGUCAUUUUCACCCUCCCAGUUACCACACCAUUGUUUGAUAACUUCUUUUAUAUACCGUUCGAACAUGCCUUUAGAAAGCUGUAGGAGAUUUUUUUAAACUGUUUUUUAUUAAUUUGAAUAAGUCAAUGAUUAUCUUUUUAGUUGUUUACUAGUUGUUAGUAGAUAAGCUGUUUUUAUCUUUCAGCUUUUAGUUAUCAAAAUUUGUUAUUUUGUUGUUAAAAUUGUAAGAUAUGAUCUCAUUUGUUAUAUAUUUAAAUUUAAGUUCAUUCAAUAAAAUUCUGUCGGAACCCUUCUUCUAGUUAUUUUUGUUGUCUUCUAUUUUCUUUUUACUUUUAAAAAAAUAACAAUUGGUUUCAAAGAACCUUCUUGAGGGACUUAUGAGAAUCUUUGUAAGUUUUGAGAGCACCUAACUAUUAACCCUACCUUUUUAGAAUCAACCUCACCAAUCAUGAAUUUUGAAGCUAGUAUAACUUAAAUAGCUUCACUAAUCUUUGAUGGAGACAAUUGCAGAUCUUGGCAGUUAUCUUCAGGCUGUAGAUGUUUGGAAAGUUAUAGUAGAAGCUAAUUAUGGUGUUCCAAGUUUAUUAGAUAAUCCCACAAUAGCUCAAAUGGAAAACCACAAAGAAAGAAAAACAAAUAAGUGAAAAGUAAAUAUUAUUUUUUUUCUACAGUUUCAUCCUCAAUUUUCACUAGAAUUGCAAAUUUGGAAUCGGAUCAUGUCAUUUAAUUCUAUCUUCAAGAUGAAUGUCAAGGUGACAAAUGGAUUAAAGGUAUGAAAGUGUUGAGUCUUUUCAAAAUUUGAAGCAAUGAAAAUGAACGAGUUAACAAAUGUUAAAAAAUAUUCUAAACAACUUCUUAAUACACCUAAUUUAGUAAGACUGCUUGGUGCUGAACUAUCUGAUUUUAGGAUAGUUCAAAAAUACUUGUAACUUUACGUGAGAGAUUUGAUGUUCAAUCUCCGCUUUAGAAAAUAUGAUUUUACAAGUAUUUCUUUGGUAGAAGUAAUCAAUUUUUUGCAAGCUUUUAAAAAGAGAAUAUUUAUUAUAAACAAAUGUACAAUAGAAGGAGCUAUGAAGUCAUACUUGGAGGCAAGGGAAAGAAGAAGAAAAGAAAGAAAGAUGUAGCUACAAUUGAGGCCAGUUCUAGCUACAAUGAAGACAACAGUAAAAAGGAGAGAUUUCUGCCUUGUAAUCAUUGCGGUGGUAAAUCUCAUCCUCACUUUAAAUGUUAGAGGAGGUUGGAUACAAAAUAUAACAAAUGCAACCAAAAGGGGCAUGAUCUGUAAUUUCACUAAUUUGUAGAGCGAAAUUCUAACAAGUUGUU